AAGAAUCAAUUUUAGCGUAUGUCCAUGGCUUCUUGGACCAUACCAAUCUCCUCUUUCAGCUCAGCAUUGAAUUUUUCAUCAAAACCCCAAUUGGGAUUCAACAGCAAGCCAUUGUCUUGCCUAACUUUUGGAGGAAUCAAAAACAGAAUCUCAGUCUCAAUUCGUGCAAUGGGCUCCUCAGCUUCUUCUUCGAAACCCGAUAGUGCUCAAGGGGCCAGUAAAAUGGAUUAUAGCUCUGUAAGCGAUGAGGAGUGGAAGAAGAAGUUAACAAAUGAACAAUUUUACAUUACACGGCAAAAGGGUACAGAACGGGCAUUCACUGGAGAGUACUGGAACAGUAAGACCCCUGGAACAUAUCACUGCAUUUGCUGCGACACUCCUUUAUUUGAAUCUUCUACCAAAUUUGAUAGUGGAACCGGGUGGCCAUCGUACUACCAGCCUAUAGACAACAAUGUGAAGUCAAAGAUGGACUUGUCUAUCAUUUUCAUGCCUCGUCAAGAAGUUUUAUGUGCAGCUUGCGAUGCUCAUCUUGGGCAUGUAUUUGAUGAUGGCCCUCCGCCUACUGGAAAGCGUUACUGCAUCAAUAGCGCUUCCCUGAAAUUGAAGCCAAAGUAGAAAUGUGCUGCGUAGAAUACCAAAGGUUAUCGAUUUCACGAGAAAUUCAAGAUAUCAAGCUGCAGAAUUAUUCAUAUGCAGGAAUAAUGUUGCUUCUAAAGUUUCAAUCAAACUUGAGAGUUUCUUCUGUGUGAUGUGUUAAAGUUCAUAUGUUCACAUAUACAUAAUAUAUAAGUUGGUCAAAUGUACUCAUUUUUAGCUUACUCUACGUAGAUAUCUUACAUGUU